CGUCGGUGGCGGAUGUUCGACAGUGGUGGUGCGGUGGCGGCGGUGGAGGUGGUGGUGGUGAUGGUCGCGGAGGAUACCGCGUACCUGCACGAACACCCACCGCCGCUACCGUUGCCGCUGACGCUAACCCCCACCCUGCGGGGCCACACAGCGAGCAACCCCCUGCAGGUGGUGGAGGUGGUUGUAGACGAGCAGGAUACGGCAAACAGCCAGACCGGCCGGGCGAAUCGUAUCCCUCGUUCCGCGGGACACGCGCGUGUAAUUAAUCCGGCAAUCGACGCCAGAUUCCGCCGGAUGAGAGCCGGGUUAACGCGCGAACGCCUUCCGCGGAUGGCUCGAUCGAGUAAUUCUCGUCCUUAUACGUCCUUAUACGAUUACCACGUUCCGCGAUUUCACGGUGGUCGCAGCCCGGCGCGACUCCGGCGGUAUCCUCGUAAUGGUGUAACGGGAGUUUCCUCGUAUCUUCGACGAGAUACCGCCGGCUUCGUAGGGUUUCGAUCGGUUCAUCGACGACUUUCUCCGGAACGACGGGAAUUUCGGCUUUCAUCAGUGCGCCGUAUACCGAGAGCGAAUCGAGUCUAUCACCGGCCGUUACACGGCACCGUCGUCCUCGCCGUGAUCAGUUUCUCGCACGAUGAUACGCGGCCUCCGAUUUGGCAAAGAUUGUGACCACACGGCCGAUGCGUUUUCCGGAAAGUGCAAUUCCGCAUGGUUGCGGGUGCUGUACCGAAGUUUCGGAUAGGAUCAAAGACAGGUUUACAGAGUUCCCGUAUUCUUGCAUUUGACUCUUCGCGAUCGAAACCUGAAAUAUAGUUCAGUCGUCCAAGUGAGUGAAAAUUAUCGAGUUACAAAACGACCGCCAAAGCUCAUAUCCGCGUGUAUUUUUCUCGCUCUAAGCCAUUAAUUCUCGUAUCUAAUCAACGAUACUAUAUUUUUGCUUCAGAACUGUAGCAGAACGUGGUCGAUUCUGAGUACCCAGUGAAUCAAGAACGAAGAUUUACGGUGUUGAUUUGAUUAAAGCUGGAGUUCAAGAUUGGAAUUAAAAGUCAGAAUUUUCGCGAAUCAAGAACCUCACUUUUUCGGCCAAAUAUAAACGUUUGAGGGCGAAAAGAGAGAAAGAUAUAUUUUUCCGGCAAAGAAAGAGAGAGAGAGAGGGGGGGGGGAGACGCUAAUAUCCGAGGAAAACGC